UCCUUGCCGUGGUCAGCCACUGUGUAAUACGCAUGUCCGGAAGCUUGGUGGGAGCUGCAGGAUAUUGCUGGAGCCGCUGCAGACAAUGGAAGGAGGAGCCGUUGCGGAGACUGACCGGCAGCCAGAGGGGGGUGCUGCAGAAGGAGGGCUCCCUGCAGCCGGGCCCGCCAAGAAGGCCCGGCAGUACGGCCAGAAGCGCUUCAUCUGCAGCGAGUGCGGCAAGAGCUUCAAGCAGUACUGCGACCUGAAGAGGCACGGCCGGGUACACACGGGCGAGAGGCCGUUCCACUGCCCAGCGUGCGGCAAGCGCUUCAGCACCUCGUACAAUCUGCUGAUCCACCGGCUGGUGCACAGCGGCGAGAAGCAGUACAAGUGCCGGCUGUGCGGCCGUGAGUUUGUGCAGCUCCACCACCUGGUCACCCACCAGCGCACCCACACCGGCGAGAAGCCGUACCCGUGCCCGGUGUGUGGCAAGGCCUUUCGCCAGUCCUCCACCAUGGCGGUGCACCGGCGCAUCCACGGCGAAGAGCGGCCUUACCGGUGCCCGGACUGCUCCAAGUGCUUCAAGACCUCGUCCAACCUGUCCAAGCACCGGCGCAUCCACGGCGGGGAGCGGCGUUUCGCCUGCGAGGCGUGCGGCCGUCGCUUCCUGCACUCGCACCACUUGGCCACACACCGGCGCACCCAUUCCGGAGAGCAGGCCUCCUCCUCCUGCUGCUGCUGCCCGACCUGCGGCCAGAGCUUCUCCAACCCGGGCCGCCUGCUGGCGCACCACCGGCUGGCCCACACCGGCGAGCCGCCCUACCGCUGCGAGACCUGCGGCCGCGGCUUCAAGCAGAGCUCGACCCUGGUGCGGCACCGGCGCACCCACACCGGCGAGAGGCCGUACAGCUGCCCGAUCUGUGCCAAGGCUUUCCGCCAGACCUCCACCAUGCAGGUCCACUACCGCACGCACUCCGAGGACCGGCCCUACCGCUGCAUGCAGUGCGGCAAGGGCUUCAAGAGCGCGUCCAACCUGAUCGGCCACCACCGUGUCCACAGGAGCUAGAGAGCUUGGCACCACUCAGCCAGAGUCCAGCCAUCCCAAUAGAGGCAAAAUGUUCCAUUGCAAAAAUAUACUUUAUCCUUAACUUAUCUACAGUUCACUUCGGACAAUGCAUAAAGUAUUGCCAUUCCUCAUAUCGAGCUUCAAUUCAAUUGCAAACAAAGUCUAAACAUGACAAGAAACUAUCUGCAUUCCAAUUAAAGUUAUGAAUUUUAAUUUUAUUGCAAAAAAAAUUUAAUCAUAAUUUAUCUGUAAAUGCAAUAUGGAGCAGUUCGGUUUGGGCAUUGCAUUGGAUCCAGUAAAAUUAUGAUAUUCCACGUUUGCUUCAUCCAGGCAUUAUCAAAACACGACAAGAAAUUAUUUAGGUCCCCAUUAAAUAUAUGAGGGGAUGUGGAACUGAGCAGACACUCGUUAUGCUUUGACAGAAAGACCUUAACCAGUGGUCUUUCCCCACUGUGUCUUGUCUGCAGCUGCCCCAAGCUUUAGUGCGUCCCUCAGCACGUAGUCCUGGAUCUUGGAAUGUGUCAGUCUGCAACACACAGUCCAGGCCUUUGCACCCCAGGGAGACCAAAGAGCGUAUUUCACCGAUUUCAUGGUCUUCCGGGCGCAGUCAGUGUUUGUCUCGGUGUCCAGGGAACAGACCAUAGAGCACAGAGUCCUGUGUCAUGGAGCUGUUCAGGACAAACCUCAACAAAAAUCACUGCAUCUCUCUCCAGACCUUCUUUGCAAAGGCACAUUACAGAAGGAGAUGUGUGACAGUCUGUGCAGUAGUGCACAGAGAUCAGGCAUGCAUGAAGGAUCUGACAGGCAGUGGCCUUCUCACCAUUAGCCAAGUUAUCUCCUGGUGCUUGUUGGAAAGUUCUGCUGAUGUGGUAUUCUGUCAAAUGACUUUGACAGUCUGCUCACCCAACAGGAUCCACCCUCCUUUUCAUGCUGGGUCUCAAGGCCUCAUGCUGACCACUGCCUGAUGGACUUGUGGUCAAAAGGGUUUUCCUUGCAAAUUUUUCAGUAAGAAUAAUGGUACAGUAUGGUCCUAUUACUUGGAGUGUUCCACAGCAUCAUGACCAGACCCAUCUUUCAUAACACCAGGGACAGGUAGAACCUCAGUACGUAGAGUCACUUGGUGUUUGCAUACCAAGAGCUAAAGCUACAAAUACUGCAGCUGCUGAAACCAUCACACCUGCCCUCAUUCAGCAUCUCCAUUCUCAACUAUUCACUGCAAGCAACUUUUAGCCUGAACAUACUUUUAGAUGCGAGAGACAGGAAUUCCCUUUGUAAGAGCAUUCCUGUGAAUGACCGUGUGUGAAAGAUGCAGACUUAAUCACUAUCUUUUUUUUAAAACACCAGUCUUUAUGCCUUUGCGGAAUUUAAAAGUCAGCUAAAAAUUUCCUAAACUGAUCCAAUUAUGUGGCUUCCUUAAUAACAGGUUUAAGCUGGCUGAAAUCUAAUGCUCAAUUUUCACACAUGGAUCCAGACUUUGUGAUUUAGUGCAGUUUGAAUUUGAGCGUCUCAUUUUCAAUGUCUUUGAUAGCCUGGUCACUCAUUUCCAGGAUGCUAUGGUUCUUCUGCUUCACAUAGAGUUGACUAAUGGAAUAUCCUGUGAGACAGACUCUGGAAAUUCAGAUAAGCAAAGAGAAAAUAGUUUGACUUUCCCAAAAAUGAUGUGAAACACUGCAUUUAAAGGAUUUGCAUAGAUCAUUGAGUUUUGAUCCUUGAUCACUCUAUGUAUUUCUUGAAUUAGAUAAAAGCUGUUUUAUUGUCGAUGCA